AUGAAAUUUGUAGGGUGGAUAUGUAAAUGUGUGAAGCCCCAUGCUGUCUUGGUCAUGAAAACUUGUGCUAACUUGCAGAUCAAGUCUCCCUCCACAUCUACCAAAGCAGAAGAGCAGAUAUUUAACGAUCCAGCUAUUAUUCAGUCACAACAUUUUGGGAUGCUAAGUUCUCCAGUUGCCUCAGUUGGUGGGAGAAUGACAGAAUCAAUUCAAAGGCAAGAUAGUCCUGCUAUGUCUAGUAAAGCCCUUCCUGUUGGGUUGCCUUCUCAUCAAUCUGUGACUCAGCUGGGCCCUUCUAACCAAUUUACUGCUUCUCAAGUUGCUAGUCAUCCAUCUUUUUCUACAGAAAUGUAUAGGCCAGGACACAGUGAGACAUCAAACCAUAGCUCCCAUUCUCUGCUACAAUCUAGUUAUCUUCAACCUCCAUUAGUGAUAUCACCCUUACCUACGCAGAGUCGCACACAAACUUCAGAAACUCAGGCACCUACAAAAGUGGGAUGGACAACUUUGUCAGAAUAUGGUCUACCUAUAUCUUCCACAAUGCCUUCUUCCCUUUUAAAUCCGACUCGUUCUCCUGCUUCGACCUCUUCACAAAUUUCUGAUUCUCUUGAUAUUCCAUCCCUUUUUUCUACUAAGACACCUAUCCCGAAUUCUACGUCCGGGAAUUUUGAUGGACCAAAAAUGCCUUCGCAUUCCUCACCUCUCCGAGACAUAAAUUCUAUUGAAGAUCAAAUACAUGGACAAGUUUUUCCUGACCCAAGGCCAAUUUAUCCUCAACAUUCUGUCCACCAUCCUGCUUUUCCAUUUGUAGAUUCUACUUCAUAUGCAUCCUCUGUACCGAUACCUUCUCCGGCAUCCUCUGGUUCCUCUGUACUGAUUCCUUCUCCAGCAUCUCAAGCACCAUUACUUUCGCUACCAACUUCAGUUCAUAAGUACUCAGCUCCACAGUUCACUGAAGAGUUCGAUUUUGAGGCCAUGAAUGAAAAGUUCAAAAAGGAUGAAGUAUGGGGUUCUCUAGGAAAGGCAGCCACAAAAAUAGAGGGAGUGGAGGGUAAUGAACCUCCUCUCAACGUCUGUAAUAGAGAAUGUGAUCAUGGGAUGAUACCAAACCCCAAGUCUGCAUACAAGAAAGAUGACUUUUUUGAUACAAUUUCUUGUAACUCUAUGACUCGGGGAUCUAGGAAUGGGCAACAUCGUUUAUCCGAGAGAAUGAAAUUGGAUACUGAGACUUUUGGCAAUUUUCAACAGAGGCCUAUUGCUUAUGGUGGCUAUGGUGCUGGUAGGGGUGAGAAUUUCCGUGGCUCAUAUAAUUGGGGAAGGGGUCAUGGCUAUGCUGGGAGAGGGCGUGGUCCGAAUUUUCCUUUCUAAUGGUACCCAUAUUUUCUGAUGUCCUCCAUUCUCGAAGCUCUCCGCAAAUUUUGCCUAUCUUUUCUGUAUAGUCUUUUGCCUUUAUGCUAAAUGUCAAUAAUGUUAACUUGUUCCUAGAACUUUCAUAUCUGGAUGGUAGAAUGCCAUACUUAACGAAUUACCACCAGUUUCAUUUGUUUUUUUAGUUCAUGGCUGGUGUUUGAAAUCUACUUUCAAGUAAUCUGUAAGUCUAUAUAGA